AUGACCGAAUUUGAGCUUACAAACUUUCUGCUCUCUACAUUUCUUUUUGACACUGUAUUUAUAUCAUUUUAUCUGUUUUUCUUGAAAGGUCUGUGGAGCACAAGACUCAUGGAAGAAAACAACACUAGCAGAGAGCGGUACCUGAAAAGCGUUUUGCGGGAGCUGAUCACAUACCUGAUUUUUCUUGUAGUCUUAUGUGUCUUGACUUACGGGACAGUGAGUUCCAGUAUGUACUAUUAUACCAGGGUAAUGUCGCAGCUCUUCCUGGAAACACCCGUAUCCAAAAUGGAGAAAACUGAUUUCAAAACUUUGUCCACCAUGGAUGACUUCUGGAAGUACACCGAAGGACCAUUGCUGGAUGGUCUUUACUGGGAGGUGUGGUAUAACAACAAGACCAUGGCUGAAAACAAGAGCUUCAUUUAUUAUGAGAACCUGCUCCUAGGGGUGCCUCGCAUUCGGCAGCUGAAAGUGAGAAAUGGCUCCUGUUCGAUACCUGAAGACUUAAAGGAUGAAAUCAAAGACUGCUAUGAUGUCUAUUCAGUAGCUAAUGAAGACACUGCUCCUUUUGGCCUUCGAAAUGGAACAGCUUGGACAUAUACCACUGAGAAGGAUUUGAACGGGAGCAGCCACUGGGGCUUAAUUGCAACGUACAGUGGAGCUGGUUAUUACCAAGACCUCUCAAGGACCAGAGAAGUGACGGCUGUGCAGAUUGCUAGCCUUAAGAAGAACCUCUGGCUGGACAGGGGGACAAGAGCAGCUUUCAUUGAUUUCUCCGUAUACAAUGCGAACAUCAACCUGUUUUGUGUUGUUAGGUUGUUAGUGGAGUUUCCGGCAACUGGAGGCCUUGUCACAUCUUGGCAGUUUCAGCCAGUGAAGUUGAUUCACUACAUCUCCACUUUUGAUUUUUUCUUAGCAGCCUGUGAAAUGGCAUUUUGUGUUUUUAUUCUUUAUUAUAUUGUGGAAGAGAUCUUAGAAAUUCACAUUCAUAAACUGCACUACUUCAGGAGUGUCUGGAAUUGUCUUGAUAUCCUGAUCAUUGUGCUCUCCGUGGUAGCUAUAGGAAUUAACAUCUAUAGGACAGCAACUGUAGAUAUGCUCCUGAAAAAGCUGCUGGAAGAGCAAAACUCAUUCCCAAAUUUUGAACCUUUGGCAUACUGGCAAAUACAGUUCAACAAUAUUGCUGCAGUCACUGUGUUUUUUGUCUGGAUUAAGCUUUUCAAAUUUGUGAACUUCAACAGAACGAUGAGUCAGUUGUCCACUACCAUGUCUCGCUGUGUCAAAGAUGUCAUUGGCUUUGCUAUUAUGUUUUUUAUUAUUUUUUUAGCAUAUGCUCAGUUGGCUUAUCUCGUCUUUGGCGCUCAAAUUGAUGACUUUAGCACUUUCCAGGACUGCAUAUUUACUCAGUUCCGCAUCAUUUUGGGAGACUUUAACUUCACAGAGGUUGAAGAAGCUAAUCGAAUUUUGGGACCAAUUUAUUUCACUACAUUUGUGUUCUUUAUGUUCUUCAUUCUUUUGAACAUGUUUUUGGCCAUUAUCAACGAUGCAUAUUCCGAAGUCAAAUCAGAUAUGGCACACCAGAAGGCAGAAAUGGAACUGUCUGACCUUAUCAGAAAGGGCUACAACAAAGCCAUGAUCAAACUCAAACUGAAGAAGACUACUGUUGAUGACAUCUCAGAAAGCCUGAGACAAGGUGGUGGGAAAUUAAAUUUUGAUGAACUCCGACAAGACCUGAAAGGAAAGGGUCACACUGAUGCAGAGAUUGAAGCGAUAUUUACCAAAUAUGACCAGGAUGGGGACCAGGAAUUGACAGAGCACGAACAUCAGCAGAUGAGAGAUGACCUGGAGAAAGAGAGGGAGGAUCUCGAUCUGGAUAGGAGCUCUCUGCCACGUCCUCUGAGCAGCCGCAGCUUUCCCCGGAGCUUGGACGACUCUGAGGAGGAUGAGGAUGAAGACAGUGGACACAGUUCUAGGAGGAGGGGCAGCAGCUCCAGCGGGGUUUCCUACGAAGAGUUUCAAGUGCUCAUGAGGCGGGUCGAUCGCAUGGAGCAUUCCAUAGGCAGCAUCGUCUCCAAGAUCGAUGCUGUUAUCGUAAAGCUUGAAGCAAUGGAGAGAGCCAAACUGAAAAGGAGAGAUGUGUUGGGGAGACUUUUGGAUGGAGUGACGGAGGAUGAAAGACUGGGUCGAGACAAUGAAAUCCACAGGGAACAAAUGGAGCGGCUCGUACGAGAGGAGCUGGAGCGCUGGGAAUCGGAUGAUACAGCCUCCCAAAUGAGCCAUCGUUUGGGAACGCCACUUGGACUCAACGGGCAGCCUCGUUCGAGGAGCUCCCGGCCGUCUUCCUCCCAGUCAGAUGGUAUUGAUGGAGGCGGGGGAAACGGAGGGAAUAGCAUCCAUGCGUAAGAUGAAUCUUGUAGUUU